UCUUAUGUCAAAUAAUCGCCGCGAAUUUUGUCUUUAAUCUUAAGGUCCAAUCUAAUUAACUUUGUAAUAUUAAAUAAUAUUUAUUUCUUAGUUAUAAGUUUGUUGUUUUUGAAAAAGCAAUGAAAUUCCGUGCAGUAAUGAUAGACGCCGGACCUAUGAGAGAAUUUACAAAUAUAGUUACAACAAUAUCUAAGUUGUCGAAAGAAUGUGUACUAAGAAUAGCUAGUGAUCAACUGUAUUUUAUCGUUAGUGAUGAGAAUAGUGGUCCAGCACCUCCGAUAUUAUGGUGCGAAAUACCACAUUCUAUAUUCUUCUCAGAAUACCAAAUGGUUGGAUUGGAUGAGCAGCACAAAGACAUUUAUCUUGGCUUCAAUUCAGGUAAUUUGGCAAGAUCAUUAAUAACACUGAAGUCUGCAAAAACACUAAAAAUGAAGUUGACAAAGAAACAGGGUCCAUGUCUUACAUUAGACAUUGAAGUGCCAUCAGCUUGCUCUCAACAGACGAGGCAAGUAACACAUGAUAUUCCCAUUGUAGUCAUACCAAGGAAGAUGUGGUCAGAUUUCCAAGAGCCCAGGACUCCACAACCAGAUGUGUCCAUAGAGUUGCCAACACUGAAGCAACUACGUACAACCAUCGAUCGGAUGAAAACCAUGGCGGCGGAGGUGGUGAUUAGAGCAUCGGCAGAAGGAAGACUCACAUUGCAAAUCAAGACUGAUAUGGCGAAAGUAUCCACGAGGUUCAAGGACUUGAGAGUUGAAACGUAUGGAGGUCCUAUUGACCAUUCGGACUCUGAGAGUGAAACUCAAAUAAAUGAAGAUAUGUCCAAAGUGUGUCACUGCCGGGUAGACGCUAAAAAAUUGUCCAUGUUUCUCAGUGCAGACUCAAUAUCUCACAACCGGACUGUAUGUAGUAUAAUACACAAGAAAUUAGUGAUAUUGUGUUUACAAACUGAAGAGAAUGUUAAGUUGCAGUGUUUUAUCACAGGGAUUGUGUAUUGAUGAUUUCUUUUUAUAUUCAAGCAUAAUUGUCAGGCCUUUGAUCAUGUUAAAACCGAGUGAACAAAAACUCAAUUAUUCCCCAAAUUCUUAAAUUCUUGUUUAGUGUAAACAUACUAAGAGCAUAUGUCAAUGCUCACAGUCUGCCGAGUAUGAUGGAUCACAUAAGAAAUGUGUCGUUGCUGAUCUUCCGUUGACGAGAGAUCGAUGGCGAUCGGACAGAUACCUCGCCGGCCUAGCGCAAACUUUCUAGUCGUUACGUCGACCGAUUUUCCGUGUAGUGUGUCCGAGAGUUGUAAAUACUGUUCUACAUUUUGUGACUUUAUAUCGUGUAUGAUCCACAACUGAAAAUUGCCUAAUAUCGCGCUAACAUACAAUGAAAGGACAAUUCGAAUUAAUUCACGACGUGUAAACAUAUUUGUGGAUGUGCCUUCUCUGUACAUUAUAAUAUGAUGCCGAUGAUAGGUCAUUAUAAU